CAUUUGCGUAAGUUCAUUCAUCUAACAUGGGUGAAAUAUAGUCUGCUGAAUAUUUCUUUCCAAUAACUGACAUUCUUGUAUUCCCUGUGAAAUCUACAUCAUGAGUGGUGACGAUGGAUUUAUAUUAUCCUUUACACUAACCGUAAUACCUGCUUAAGACGAACCUAUUUGAAAUAAAAUCAUAUAGAAUUAUGGUAUCGUCAGUCUGCGGUGUUAUCUAAGGUUUCCAGAUAAUGUACUUUAGAGUAAACUAUUUUAGACCAUAAGCACUGAACUGUUUUCAUGGUUUUAUAAGACAACGUAAUUCUAUCAACAGAUCCAUUUCCCUCUAAUAUUUCGUUGAACAGCCGUAAAGCAACCGUGAAGAAAUCAUGCACCACUCUGAUAAGGCAACAGGAUGCAGGCUCCAGUCCCCCCUCCCCGCGCCUGUCUCUUCUUGCUCCCUGUGUGGACGUGUAGCAUUCUCGUUUCGUCACUGCCUCUGUAUUCUUGUCUAAAACGUAUCAGAUGUGUUCUCAGUUUUUGCAUAGUGUCUUUAUCAGCAGUACUGGCCAGAUAGUGCAGUGCUAGACCGAGAGAUCUCCACGUCAAUAGCACUAAUAUCAAGAUAAUACAUUCGAAGUAAGAAAAGAGCCUGACCUAGCAGUACACUAUGGGAAAGAAAAAUAAGAACAAGAAUAAGAAUGGCUCUGGUUCAUUGAGUCCCUACAAUCAGCAAAGAGAGAGGGGUGGUUUGGAAGGGGCAAGUGCUGCCGUCACGCACUCUAGUGACUCGACCAUCACCAUGAUGGAGUGUGAAAUCUGCAAGGAGGAAUAUGACGCGAAUAUCCGUAAGCCGCGGAAUCUGCUUUGUGGGCAUAGUUUCUGUUCCUCCUGUUGUAAGUUACUGAUUAACCACAGGAGCAUCAGUUGUCCCAAAUGUCGCAAGGAAACUCCAGCAAAUGAUGUAGAAACAUUAGCGGUAAACUUCCCUGUGUUAAAUAUGAUAGCAAGUCCUGCUGUCAACAAUGCAGCGCCAAGUCCGUCCAAAUAUUCAUCCCCUAAGGACAUGUCACCACAUGGAGGGAAGUGUUUGGAGGCUCAGGUAGAGAUAGCUAUGCAUUGUGCUCACUGUAACCUAUGGCUGUGUAAAGACUGUAGCCGUAUCGAUCAUAGACACCCAGAGUGUCUCCUCAUGCCUUACCAGGACACGCUGAGGGAAAUGAAGCAGGCUAACGCAGCUAAGGUCAAGUCUAUUGAAAACUCUUUGGAAGAAUUUUCACGUGAAUCAAAGCUGUACGAUACCAAGUUGAAGUCCUGUGCCUCCCUCAUUGAAAUGGCCCUCGACUGCAUCAAGAAGGAGCAAACGCACCUGGCGGGACUUAGAGACCAUAGUCAGAAAAUGGAGCGAGAUCUACGUGACCUCCGCUCAGAGAAUUUCUCUCCUGUUUUGGAGGAAGCUUUGUCUUUCCUUAAGGGAAUGGAGAUGGCGAACAGCGUGAUGCAGAAUUGGACGACUAAUGCCUUCGCCAUAUUGAAGGGGGAUCAGGUAUUCAGUUUGUCCAAGAUACUUUUGCAGACAGCAGUACAGAUGCACAUGCAACAGAACAACGGUAGGUUGGUGGCCGUUCACAACAUUAAGGAUGUUACUGUAACAUUUCCGCUGGAGAAAGACGGAGGCCGCCUUCUAGUACACACCGGCUCCGCACAAAACGGACCACCUCAACCAGGCUGCAGGAUGCUAAAGUUGGAGCACGUCAAGGCUUGCAUCGAUCCUUCACGCGCCCUAACCUUCUUGGAAAUUAGCUUGAGAGGACAGGUAUUGGGCAGAGUGUUUAUACGUCUCCUGGGCUGCACCAAGCAAUCCCGCUGCUUCUUGAUGAUGUGCAUGGGUGAAAUGGGAGCCAGUUUCCUCAACACUCGCUUCCAUCGCCUGUGGUGGUCAGAUCAGGCAGGGGAACACGUGUGGGUUGGAGACUACGACCACGGGAAUGGUAGCGGAGGGACACUGCAUCCUGAUAUCCUACACGAGAUUAAGGAACUGCCGGAAAAGAAGACCCAAGUUCCCAUCACGCAGGGGCUCGUGGCUGGGAGGUAUGGGAAGUGUAACAGUUCAAUAUUCCGAGUGUACACAAGAAGCAGCGACACACUGGAAGAGGCUGCUUUUGGCCGUGUGGAGUAUGGCCUUAAUUUCUUGAAGGACGCUCUCCAGUGUAAGAAAAGCAUAACUGAAAUCAUCAUCUCCGCUUGUGGCGUUGUGAUUGAGUCCUGACUGAGGUGCUAUGGUAUAAGUAGUAUAUACAUGUUUAGUUGUGUGGUGACGAAAACGCAGCAGGCGCCAUGCCAAGAUUAUGCAUAUACAGUUAUACAUACGUACUCAUAUUGUUCAUACAUCGGAUGUGUACAAGUGGACUGACAGCGCUUGUAGUAUAAUGGUUUGUGGUUAAUAGAUAUAAGGACGUUUUUUCCCUGCCGUUAACUUGUAGUUUCUCUCUCUCUCUCUCUCUCUUGUUAAGGCCUAUAGCGCCUGUAGGCACACUUGAAGAGUGUAUGGGAAUCGCUGUACAGCCGCCCAUUAGUGGGCGGCAGGCAAUUUUAUUUAUAGUGGUACCCAUAUUAGGGCUCAUAUCACCCCGAAGCUCAUCUUGGGUGUAACCACCUAGAACCUGGGUAUCAUGGUGACAUGUAGGUAACUUUAAACCUGUACGUGGUGGGAUUCGAACCUACGCGUGGACGUCUGCCCGAUCCUAUGCCCACCACCUUAUCCACUACGCCACCGCCUCCCUAUGUGAUGUAUAUGAAUGUGGGUUAUUAUGAAAACACUAGUGAUGCCGUUUGUAUGUUUUGCCAGAAUUGUCACAUGAAAAUUAUAAUAGUAAUGUUAUGUAUUGUUGACCACAAGACAAAAGGUUGACCAGUAUACUAAAAGAAAACCAGAUCAUACUUUAAAUAAAACAAAAAUUUUCACAAUCA